AUGAAUCACUUAAUACCCUUGCAAAAUUCAACAUUGUACAUGAAUUUGUCAGAUUUUACGUCAAAUACAGCAAACUACGAAGACAUACCAAGUACACAUUCCAUGAUACCACUAGAUAUAUUGUCGAUUAGUAAACCAAAUUGUUCUAUUGAGAUUAAAAAUUGCACAAAAUCAGUAUUAUCGAUGCAUGUGGUUAAUUCUCAUUGCUGUGGUAGAAGUGAUACAUAUGAUCGAACAACGAUGAAUGAUGAACAAGAUGAACCAAUUUUAUCAAAGUAUUCUGUGUCUCAACUCACUUGUACACUUAAUGGAACAAAUUUUGGUGGUUGUUGUGAGAGAAAACAAGAACAGUUUAAGGAAAUUGAAAAUAAAGAUAGAAAUACAAAUUUAUUAAGUAAUAGAAGUUAUUGA